AUGAAUAACCAUUACAAUGUUUUAUUUGUUUUAGUAUUUUUAUUCAGUUCUGUUGUUGUAUAUUCUCAAACUCUACCGCAAGUUGAACGUAUAUCAUUUACUGGUAGUACUGACCCAUCAACUCAACCAAAUCCAAUGCUAACAUUUAGUUUUCCAGAGUUGGAAUCAUUUUCAAUCACUGCUGCCUCUGUAUCAAACGUAAACUUGAAUAUCUUGAAUCGAUUGAGAGAUUUACCAAAAUUACGAGUGAUAUCGUAA